CUCGACCUUGCCGAACAGGGGCAGUGAAACCCGCGCUCCCUGCGUCGCCAUUCAGGCCAGGUUCGUCGCUCCGGCACCGCGAGUCGUAUCAUACAUCAGCGCCCGCGCCCGCGCCUUCAACGACCGCAACGACCGCAACGACCGCAGACAGCCUACGAAAGGUGGGCCGGCCGCGUCGAUACCACGGCGACGACAGGGCCUCGGUCUCGGUCGACAACGAGGCACAGGGAGCACCUGAAGCCGAUUUCAAAAGUACCAGUCUGACCAAGGCGCCCGAGUGCGACAAGACCGUCCGGACGGCUUGCGAGCCGCGUGUCGUGCAAUGCAGCCGCCCGAGGUGCUCGCGCAUUCAGCCGGGCCGGCUAGCCCACCACGCCAGCCACGGAGCCCGGUGCGCGAGGCAUUUACCUUCCUCACCUUUGGCCGCAAGAAGAGUUCGAGCAGUGGCGGAUCGUCGCGUUCAACCCUUUCGAAACGCUCUCGCGCGCCGCCGCCCGCCUCGUCGCCGUCCACAUCGGCUCACACAGAAACAGAGUCGCGUCAGUCGCACCACGCUCCUGGCGUGGAGCCCAGCCUAGAGAUGGCUCGCGGCCUCGCCGAGGACAAGUAUCCUCCGAACCCUACGGUCAAGCCCGUCGUGGUGCGGUUCGGAGAUGUUGCGGUGACCGCCCAAAUCACAAAAGAAACAUCCACGGCAGAAUUGUUGGCGGACUGCGGCAAAUCGCUCGCGAGCUUGGGGCGAUUGAUCGACCCAGAUACCAGUGUGGUCAUCGAGCCAUGCGCCCGACCGGGUCUCGAGAGGAGGCUUCGUCAGUAUGAGCGGAUCUGGGAUGUCACCAGCGCUUGGGACCACCACUCAUCCAACGGUCUUGUCAUCCUACCAGACCGCUCGGACCCCGACGGCGAACUGAGCCUAUCCAGCGUCCCAAAAACACAGAGCGAACCCGAGGGCUUUGUUUUGCCGCUCUAUUUCCUGCAGCGGCCCGGAAAAUGGAGCCAACGCUACAUCACCCUGAAGGAGAACGGGCAGAUAUUCGCCUCCAAGAAGAAGGAAUGGAAGACCACUGACAAGGAUGUCGCCAAGCUCUGCCAACUCUCCGACUUUGACUUGUACCUGCCGACUGCGGCCGAAAUGAAAAAGCAGCUGCGGCCACCCAGAAAGUACUGCUACGCCAUCCGAAGCCAGGAGAAGGCGUCCCUCUUCCUUGAUUCGACCCACUACGUCCACUUCUUCUGCACCGACGAUGCGAAUGUUUCUCGGCAAUUCCGCUCCUGCGUGCACCGUUGGCGUAGCUGGUAUCUCGUGAACAAGAAAUUAAGAUUGCACGAGGAGCAGGUCUCAUCCCCAACCAUCAUGUCUCAGAGUGACCACGAUUCUAGGGGGAGAGUCUCGAUCGAUCAGAGCUCGAGGGCAAGACCGUCAAUGGAUCGCCGAGCUCCUUUGGUACGGUCAGCCUCGUCGUCUACUCGGGAGAGCACGCCGUCCAAUACAGCAAGCGGAGGAGUAGUACCCCCAGUGCCGGCCAUGCCACCAUCUCUUCGCGAGAAACAGGCCGCCGUUUUCGAAGCGACCGGACUACUUGGCAACGGAUACGACGAGCGCAAACAGCAAGCCCUGCGGCAAAACCUCGCGGCACGACAGCGACCGGGUGCGGUGACCUCGUCCGAUGAUGGCCCUUUCAUCGACGGGCCAAACCUACUGAACAGCCAUGCAGCCCUUGCCCCGGCCGCAGGCGGCCGCGCUCAAAGCUCGGAUUCGGACGGCAGCUACGACAAGUGGGAACGCCCAGGAGGCUGGUUUCCCCCCGCUACCCAACAUUCGGCUGAUCAACGCACUCCUCGUCCAUCCGCUACCGCCGCCUCUGCUGCCUCCUCCUUGACCCGACGGGCAACCGCGGCUACCCGUGAGCGCGGCGGGGAAGAAGCACGAGAGCGUCACCCGCCCUUGCACCAACAGCCCGCCCAGCAACAGCAAACCCAACGCCGGCCCACUUCGAGCAGCAACAACAGCAGUACCGGCCCGCCCCAGCCUCUCGUUGACCUCACGCCAUCUUUUGUUGAGCCCCCGCAGUGGUCCCGCGAGAAGAAGGGCCGUGGCGUUCGCGCGCCGCAGGGAAAGCCCCUCGUCGACUUGGCCACGGGGCCGGUGCUUCCGGGCAGCUCGACCACGCGCUUCAGAGACGCCUCAGCGCCGCCCAAGAGCCUGAUACGAAGGCCCGAACCACUGCUGUCGACAGCCGGUGCGAGCGGUGGUGCCGGUAGCGGUGGCGGUGGUGUCCCUGGUGGGAGCGGAACGACGCUGAUGGAGCAGUAUGACCUCCGAAAGGCCGCCGGGAGGCGGAGGGGCCAGACGCUAGCCCUUGUCGAGGGCGAGGGCGGCGCUGCUAGCGCUCCGCUGUCGCACAACGGAUUGGCCAGGAGUCAUACCGUCAAGAGCAUCGCUAGCGGCAGCGCCGGCGGUGUGCAUCCCCCCGUGCCGGCCCCAGCGGUCUCGUCCUCGGCCGCGGCCGCGGCUUACAUGCAGGGGAGGGCCAAGAUGAUGAUGGGGCAGGGGGAAGAGGAGAAGGAGAGGGUGAGGCAGGGAUCGAGGAAUGGAGAUAUGCGGGGACAGGGGGGAAUGGGUUGGCAAUAAGGCCUAGCGAAGAUUAUUGACGCGGCAAGGUUGGGGUGGUUGGUCCGGUCUGCCUAUGGAUGUUCGCUUAGGCUUUAUUUUCGCUUCACUUUUUUCGGGCGCUGGCAUUGCCUGCUGUUUGUUGCAAUCCCGCCUUUGGACGGGCAUGAGGGAUGAUAUCAUGUAUCGCUAUGAUGAAUGAUUGUCGCGAGACGAUGGAAAAAGAAAAUAAGAGA